GAAUGGCGCUUUGCGCAUGCUCAAGCAGACUCCACUUUUGCACAAGAUGGCGGCACCCUGUAGGAAGCUUGCGAGGUCGGUGAUGUUUAAAGGUUUGUGUCAGAUCCCAGGCCGGUCACUAUGGACACAGAGGUGCCCGAUCAAGUUACAGGCUCUGAGGUGCAUUCCUCCCUGGUGUCUCACCCGACUCUACCGACCACUGACCACCACCAGGCCGACACUGAUCAGCACCAAAACAGAACAGCCGAGAAGCGCUGAUCAGCAGAAAACGACUGACACGCUGAAAGAGCAAAAGGAAGAGACUGAGGAGGAGGGACCAGUGUACAUCCCCACGAGAAAGGCCAAGAACCCCAUGAUGAAGAUCGGAUAUGCCUGGAUGAUAGGUCUCCCUGCAGGUAUAAUAGGGUUCAUCCUGAUGAAGAGAGAGGUGGAUAAGAACCGCCUGAAGCAGCUGAGGAUUCGCCAGCGGAUGAACAGAUCCAAUGAAGGAGAGUACGAGGGUAGCCGUUACCGUAACAACAGACUGGACUGAUACCAACUGCACUGAGAAGAUGUGUGUGUGUGUGUGUGUGUGUGUGUGCGUGCUUGACUGACUGACUGAAUGUGUAUGUCUGCAGCUUGUGUGUGUGUAUGUUCACUGCCUCUGCUACCAUUGGACUGAUGAAGCCUUAAAGAGACUUACUGAUGUAUACAAAUUAAAAACAGUUGUUGAGAGACA